AUGAACCUCAGCCCAAGUCCUGAGCCACAGGUAAACCUCAGCCCAAGUCCUGAGCCACAGGUAAACCUCAGCCUAAGUCCUGAACCACCUAUGAACCUCAGCCCAAGUCCUGAGCCACAGGUAAACCUCAGCCCAAGUCCUGAACCACCUAUGAACCUCAGCCCAAGUCCUGAACCACAUGUGAACCUCAGCCCAAGUCCUGAACCACCUAUGAACCUCAGCCUAAGUCCUGAACCACCUAUGAACCUCAGCCCAAGUCCUGAGCCACAUGUAAACCCCAGCCCAAGUCCUGAACCACCUAUGAACCUCAGCCCAAGUCCUGAACCACAUGUGAACCCUCAGCCCAAGUCCUGA